GAGGACCAGAGGACCAGAGGACCAGAGGACUAGAGGACCAGAGGACCAGAGGACCAGAGGACCAGAGGACCAGAGGACCAGAGGACCAGAGGACCAGAGGACGAGCCUUCCCCUUCCAGACAUGGGCUGCUCUGACUGUUGUAUGCGCUGCUUGGGGGGCGUGGCCUACUGCUCCCUGGCCGCCACGCUGCUGUGUUUCUCCGGCAUCGCCCUCUUCUGCGGUUGUGGCCACCAGGCGCUCACCGAGACGGAGCGCCUCAUCGAGACCUACUUUGCCCGUAACCUUCAGGACUCCAUCGCCUUCGCCUACUUCAUCCAAUAUUUCCAGUAUGUCAUCUAUGGAUUGGCCUCGUUUUUCUUCCUCUACUGCAUCAUGCUGUUGGCUGAGGGCUUCUACACCACGAGCGCUGCCAAGCAGACCUUUGGGGAGUUCAGGAGCACCAUGUGCGGCCGCUGCCUCAGCGCCUCGUUCAUCGUGCUGACGUACGUCCUCGCCGUGCUGUGGCUGUUGGUGUUCGCCUUCGCCGCCCUGCCCGUCUACUUCUUCUACAACAUGGAUGCCACCUGCCACACCAUUGACGUUCUGGCUGAGACGCCAGCGAGCAUCAACCAGCUCUGUGUCGACGCGAGGCAAUACGGACUCCUGCCGUGGAACGCCGUGCCGGGGAAAGCUUGUGGGAUGACUCUGUCGUCUGUGUGCAAGACCAGAGAAUACCGAAUGACCUACGACCUCUACAUUGCUGCCUUUGCCGGUGCGGGCAUCACCCUCUUGGCUCUGCUGACCUACACGGUGUCCACCACCUAUAACUUUGCAGUUCUUCGGUAUCUGGGAAGAAAGGGCAUAGGUGCACGGUGUUAGGCUCGCCAUCACCGCUCUCCUUCCACUCUGGUCACAGACUCUUAAUGUCUUUUCUAUAUUUUUUACUUUUUGGGAAGAAUGUCACUUUUCUCUAGCGUGGGGUUGUCUCCUCUUUUUACAGGCAGUUUGUUUUAUUGCAGUCUUUCUUAUGCCAUGUCACCAAUUAUUGUUCUUGUUGCAUGCUGUUGAUGCCCUACAAUUAGUUUCUGCUUCCUGUUUCAUAUAAAUAACAUAUCACGACUGGAUUCACGUAUGUAAGAAAUGACCAUCAAUGAGCAACAAACGUGCUGCUAGCAUGCAGCUGCAGAGAAAUGGUGUUGUAGAUACAAUGGUUCACAUCUGGUUGCCAUGGUGACGGACGAGCAUGUUGACCCCAGGACUUUUCUCACGGGCUGGAAAGAAGCCUCAACAAUGGAGUCAUGCCUGUUUUAAAACUAGCCAAUAAGGAGCCAGUAGAAGGGUCACGGGAGCGUUGACUGAACCCUCGACCUCCUGACGAUAGAGGGGUGACCUCUAACGCCUCAAUGCAGCUCUUCUGGGACACACACACACUCUAAAAGCUGCUGCUGCAUGACCCCCCCCCCAUUAUUGAAGUAAAGGAGUCAGUGAGGGGACUGAAGGCCUUUUGAUGCUUUCAAGUAGAACCUCACAAAGGCUCUGAAAUAGUUUCUCAUAAUUUGAGGUCAGAAGCGCAAGCGGCAACUUCUAUUUGUCAUUUUGUACAUCAUGUCAUGUAUUGACUGCAGCGUCACGCCUCAUUGUUUGUCUGAUCAUAUGUGUAUAUAUAUAUAAUGAUCAGACAAACACAAUGAGGCGUGACGCUUCAGUCAAUGCAGAACAGGUAAUGUAGCCCAGCUUUGUCUGGGCAUGUUGUCGUAGUUCUUGCAUAACGCCUGACUUGCCUCUGAGGAUGACCGACGCUCUCGUGCAGCAGCCGAUGAGUCCGUGAACUCGGCUGUGAGUGGUUGUCAAAUGGCAGCCGGCUGUGUGAUUGUUGGUCAAAUGUGAGAAUAAAGAGAGUAUUCCUUGACGUGUGUUCAUGGUGACGGGUUGUGUCGAGCGCCGUAUCGAGGUGUGUUGUCAGGUGGAUGGUUUCCUCUUGUGUCCACAGGUGCACUGCUCCCUGCACCUGGCUGUGAGCCAGGUGCACCCAAGGAGGCGGGGCCACAGUGAAAAGGAGAGGCGGGGCUCCGACCUGUAUGGGAGGUUGCAGAGGGAGCGGGGGGGCACACUGUGCUCUCCGUACCCGGCUGCAGAGCCUUAUGGUGACCCUCACACUUGAGCUGGUCAUCAAUACUCUUGUUUCAUAAUAGUAUUUGGUGAAUUGAUUCCCUUGUGAUUAUUUAGAAGUUUUCACUAACAUAGGCUGUGUGUUCACAUCUAAUUUAGUAAAAUAUCGGGGUCAGAAAUAUGUUUUCAUUGUGAAUGUUUCCUUUUCUUUGCAGCCAGGUCUCAUUUGAGUGUGCGCUGCUUGGUUCCUUUUUUAAUGUAGUGCAAAUAAACCGUGUUCACGUCU